AGAAAGAGAGAGAGAGAGAGAGAGAGAGAGAGAGAGAGAGAGAGAGAGGAGGGGGCUGUAUCUCUUGGCAUCUCUCCCCACCCCUAUCUCUUUACAGGACUGCCAGCUCGUGAAGUGGUAUUCCAGGAAUGCGUUGAACAUGGCUGCCGCGAUGAAGGCACAGAAAAGCGGACUGUUGGAACUUCGUAUCACUGUGGACCGUUGGAUCCGUGUUCUAGCCACUUUAAGCGACGAAACACUGACUCUGACUCCUGGAGAAGUUGAAGGAGAUGAAGCCACGAAAUCCGCCCCGGUGCCUGCCGGGGCAGUCAACGGUGACCCGGCCAACCUUGCUUCGUCUCCGGUCCCGGAGACCAUCACCAACGUAAAGCGCACGGUGCGCGUGACCAAGCAAGACGUAGGAGGUCUGGGAAUCAGUAUUAAAGGCGGGAAGGAGAACAAAAUGCCCAUCCUCAUAUCGAAAAUCUUCAAAGGCCUAGCCGCAGACCAGACGGAGGCUUUGUACGUCGGGGACGCCAUCUUGUCUGUGAAUGGGAACGACCUGAGGGAGGCCACUCAUGAUGAAGCUGUGCAGGCCCUGAAGAAGACAGGCAAGGAGGUCAUCCUGGAGGUGAAGUACAUCAAGGAGAUGUCGGCGUUCUUUAAGAACGCCUCAGCGAGCGGGGCGGCUGGCUGGGACUCGCCCCCCAUGACCCCCCAGAAGCGGGCCGCCGCCGGGGCGGACCUGAAGGAGGCCAGGAGCGUCGCCCUCAAGAUGUGCCAGCUCAGCAGGAGGCAGUGUCCACCAGACACAGAGAACAGGUACCUGGAGGUGACCACGGCCGACAGAAGGACCUCGGUGUUCCUGCGGGCCAAGGACCCGGCCAUGGCCCAGGGCUGGUGCACAGCCAUCCACACCGUCAUGCUGGCUCUGGUGCCACGCGCCAAGGAGGCCCUCAGGGCCCUGCAGCCAGGCCUGGAGCCCAAGUACCUGGGCUGGAUCACCGUGCAGGGGUCAGAGAAGUCUCUGCUGGCCAUUCUGACAAACAAGGACCUGCUUCUGUACCACGCUCUGCCUGAGAGCCGAGAGAGCUUAGACAAACCAGAGAAGAGUCAUCCGCUCAUCACUACCAGGCUGGUACACUCAGGCCCCAGUAAGACCUCCCCUCUCCAUGAUUCGGACCUGUCGUUUGGGCUGCGCACUGGGACGAAGCAGGGCGUGGAGACCCAUGUGUUCAGGGUGGACUCACCCAAAGAGCUCUCCACCUGGACACACCUGCUGGUGGACGGCUGCCACACUGCCGCCGAACUCAUUCAGGAGGUCACCACAGCGUGCAGCUGGAACGGGAAGCAGUGCAUGCUGGGAGUGCACAUAGACGAGGGCUUCACGUUGUUCACGGAGGAGGCGGCCGUCCGCAGGCACGUCCUUCUGCACCAGCCCUUUGAGCGCCUCCGCAUGUCUGCAGACGACGGCGUCCGCAUGAUGUUCCUGGACUUCGGAGGCCCAGAGGGGGAGAUACAACUGGACCUGAGUUCCUGCCCUAAGACCAUGGUCUUCAUCAUCCACUCUUUCCUGUCUGCAAAGGUCAAGCGGCUGGGGCUGUUGGCAUGACAGCGGCCGGUAGAGGUCAUGGCUACGGGACAUCAUGGACAGCCAAUCCAACAAAAGGGCGGACCACGUUGCUUCAGAAAACCAAAUUCCCAACCCUCGGUGGACUGCCAUUGGUCAGAACCCUGCCACAGCCGGCAGCAAUAAAUAAAACAAACAAACAAAUGCGCAAUGAGAAUGUGCUAGAUUACUCUUACUCCGAGCAGUGGCGGCGAGAGGUCGCAGGCCCCUGGGCCACACGCACGCCCUGCACAAUUAUAGCAUUGUUACCGCAGGAGUGACUUUUUUAGACACUAUAACUUCUGGCCUAUGGUCUUAUCCUUUUUAUGUGUUUUGGUUUGUGUGGUUGAUGACAGGGCUUAGUCUGAUUUAGAGGGCUAGUUCAUUUUUAAAGUCAGCAAGUACAUGGGGGAAGGGGGGGGUGGACAACAAGCGCAUCACUCUCAAGGAACCAAAGCGGCGUGGGCAUAAGAAAGCCCUGUGCUCCCGAGUCUCUCUGAGAAAUAAUGACUUUUAGCCGCGCCUGAGUCGCGCACUAAAUUUAUGAAAUGCUCUGUCAACUCUGUUUCAGCACCAGAUCACUCGUGUUGUCGUUGGCCGCGCUGCGUAUUGGCUUUAACGACACUAAGUCUUCAUAAACAAGAGAUGAAGAGGGCAAUUUUCAUAAAUCAAAAUUUAGGCUUUAUAAAUAUUAAACUUCACCCUAAUCUCUCCACAGACUCCCUCAGAACGAAUGUCAGCCGUCAAGGAGCCCCCUGCCAAGAGCAGUUCUCGUUUGGCACGAUUAUGGCUCAUAAUUAGGCUUCAUCUCUGCUUUAUGUCGUUAAAGCUAAUAUGCAAUGUUAGACUAUUAGUUUUCAUUUUUAGUUUUCAUCUAAUGAACAACCCAGGCUGCACUGAUGUGCUGUAUGC